UAUAUAGUAGAUCCUAUGAUAUAAUAACAAUUAUCUUUAUAUUUUAUAGCCUGGAUACUAUGGGUUUAGAGGCAAGAAAAUUAUCGCAAAAACACUCCAAGACAUGCCGGUACACGAGAUCGGUGCUGCGAAUGAGCACAUCAAACCGAUGGAUACCCCGGAAUAUAUAGACUCUGUUUUUGUUCCAGAGGUCGGUAUGCGCCUAGUUAGGGAAGAUCUUGAGUCGGCCGGUGAGUCAGAAGAAGAUUGUGAUUGCACCAUUAGCCUAGCAGAAGGACACAGUCCCCUUAGCAAUACGGUGCUUUUCCACAUGGAGCGUAGCGUUGACUACGGCUAUGACGAUGAUUCAGACAGUGAAGAUCAGGGCGACCAAGAGCAUCAUAAACUCUGAUGAAUGAAAAGCAGAACCAUACUUU